AUGAUCCCAGUCGGUAUGGGGCCCAAUAUUUGGACGAUGGCGCGCAACAUGAUCGAUCCGACCCACAAGAAGAUGCACCACAUCGACCCCCUCUUCCGCGGCUCCGUCCAGACGUUCUCCAAAAUACAUCGCCGCUUAUCACGGACUCGACGGGAUUCAAGACGUAUAGUGCCGGCAUCGCCGUCGAUAUGGAGAAGCGCCCCCUGGAAGCGGCUCAAGAGUGCGGCAUGGUCGUUGGCAUGA